UCGCCAAAACAUCGUACAAUAUCGAGUACCUGAGACCAAACCAGCUACAAUUUUAAAAAUUCGAUAUUUUUUAUAACUCUAAACCACAAAACGCAAGACAAUUGAAAUAAAAAUACUAUGAACACGACACCUGUAAUUAGUUAUUGUUUAUUAAUGCAGAGUUUUAAAAUCAUUGCUGCACUCCACUGAUAAGGCAAUACUGUACCGAGUAAAAUUAAAAAAUUCAAUUUUACAAAUAUUAAAACUAUAAGAUGGUGAUAAUUUUGAUAUUCUGGUGCUGUAUAUUGCUGCUAGGUAUCGCGUCUACAUUUUUGUUUUGCUUACGUCAAUGGAUUCUACGGAACAAAAAAAAGUUACAUUGGUCCCAGCCGGAAGAUAAAUUGUAUGUUGGCUUAUUCCAUCCAUAUUGCAACGCUGGCGGUGGAGGCGAGCGCGUCUUGUGGUGUGCUGUAAGGGCGUUACAGAACAAGUAUGAUAACGUAAAGAUAGUCAUUUACACAGGAGAUACUGAUUCGACGCCCAGCUCAAUUCUGCAGAAGGCGAAAAACGUAUUUAACAUAACACUCGAAACUGAAAAGAUUACGUUUGUAUAUCUGAAACAACGACAAUGGGUUGAAGCGAGAAAGUAUCCGCACUUUACUUUGCUGGGACAGAGUUUAGGAUCGAUUAUCUUAGGCUUAGAAGCUAUCUGCAAAUUUCCACCAGAUAUCUUUAUUGAUACUAUGGGAUAUGCCUACACGUUUCCAGUCUUUCGCUACUUGGCUGGUAGUAGAAUUGGAUGCUAUGUUCACUAUCCUUUAAUAAGCACAGAUAUGCUAAAAAAGGUGCAAUAUCGUCAAUCAUCUUACAACAAUAAAGCCUAUGUCGCCCGCAAUCCCUUUCUUACAUGGUUAAAGCUUACCUAUUAUCGGUUGCUUUCUAAGACAUAUAAGUGGGUAAGCCGCUGCUCGGAAACUAUUAUGGUGAAUUCAACAUGGACUGAAAACCAUAUCGUAGACCUGCUAAAUGUGCCAUUAAAAACUCAUAGAGUGUAUCCGCCAUGUGAGAUUGAACACCUUAAGAAACUGGAACAUAUUGAAAACAAUGAGGAAAUCCUAAUAGUGUCUGUAGGGCAGUUUCGACCUGAGAAAAAUCACCCAUUGCAAUUACAAGUUUUGUAUGAGCUAAGGACAUUGCUGAUUAGAGAUGAGGAUCUCUGGAAUCGAAUAAAACUUGUUAUAGUAGGAUCUUGCCGACAUGAAGAAGAUUACGAAAGGCUUCAUAAUAUGGAAGACCUUGCAAAGCAUUUAUCUCUUGAGAAUUCCGUGGAGUUUAAAGUAAACGUUUCAUAUGAUGAGCUCUUGAAUAUAUAUAAACGAGCAACAAUUGGUAUACACACUAUGUGUAAUGAGCACUUCGGAAUUGGAAUCGUGGAAUGCAUGGCAGCUGGUAUAAUUAUGAUUGCUCAUGAAUCAGGUGGUCCAUUACUUGAUAUUAUCGAGACUUCUGCAGGCUCCCAAAAUGGAUUUCUUGCAACCCAUGCAAUUGAAUAUGCAGCUAGCAUAAUGAAUAUUAUAAUUAAUCCUGCUAAAACGAAUAGGGAUAUUAUAAAUGCAGCGCGGUCAUCUGUUGAAAGGUUUUCAGAAAAAGAGUUUAACAGCCAGUUUUUACGAGCCAUUUCGCCGGUUUUUGUGCCACGGGAUAACGAACUUUGAUACAAAAAUAUGCUAGUGGACAAUAUCUUAAAAUGUUUAAUAUAACAAUAAAAUGUCUGCAGGCCCGAGAAUUCUUGGCAAAGUAAUUCAGAAAGUUGUUCAAUGUAAAUUGUGUAUAUUUAAUAAUUCUGAGUUGUUUUUUUAAUAUGAGGGAGUCUACCUUAUUUAUAUCUAGCAAAAUCACAGCCAAAACCAAAUACCUACAUUAUUUUCU